AGUUACUUGUAUGUCAUAAUAUUUACUGUAAAAGUCAAAAUUUUGUGUUUAAAACUUCAUGUAAUAAAAAAAAAAUUAUCUCCUGUAAUUUAGAAACCGUACUACAUAGAAUGUAUCUUAACGACUUGUAUCAGACUGAACUGUGAAAUUGAAAGCCUAAAAAGAAGGAACCAUCUAGAAUAAUACCCUCAAGACUUUAUUUUGGAAAUAUAUGACUGCAGCUUGCAAACUAAAAAAGAGAAGACCUUCCCCUGUUAAUAUAUCACAUUUAAGGGCGAAACCAAAGCUAUACCCUCCUUUAAAUUGGUCGGCUGAGUACGGGGAGAGUUUUUCUUCCCAAUUGGUUUUAUGCGACGAGGAUGCCAUCAGGGUUUAUUUAUCCCAACCGGAAGAAUCAUUUAUCUGGGGAGGUCCUUUGACUGCCAACUACAUACUUAGGAAUAUCACCUUCCACUGGAGUUUAAGGAAAAAUAAAGGAUCGGAACACACAUUCGAUGAUAAACACUAUCCGGUUGAAAUGCAAGUUGUUCAUGAGAAAAUAGAAUCGGAAGAUGACAGUAAGGACGCAAAGGAAGCGGACAAUUUUCUUGUAGUGUCCUACAUGUUUGAGCUUUCAGAUAUUCCAAAUGAGGCAUUACAGAAUAUUCUAGACACGGUUCCCAAAUCAAUUAAAUACGCCAACCAGUUUGUACCGUCGGAACCCUUCCGGUUUUGUGAUCUCAUCGAGAAGUUUACCAAGAAUUAUCUGUUUUACAAAGGGCAAUUAACAGAACCGCAGUUCGACACGUGCUAUUGGCUUUUUUGUCCUUGCAAACUCCUGUUGUCUCCGAAACAAUUGUGUAUUUUCAAAAAAUGCGCCGAUUACAAACCCGAAAUGGCCGAAAACUGUAAACCAAUUCAACCGUUAAACAAAAGAAAAGUUUUCUAUGCAAUGUAACGUAAAUGCGGUUGUGACAAAUGUGCAGAAAAACGCAAAGGGGAUUCGCAAUCGUGCAGCGACGAAGCGCCGCCAGAAGUCAAAGAAACAGAAAACAGUAACUGUUCGAAGUUCAAAUGCGAGAUCUGCGAGAAAUACGCUGCAAUAAAUGAAGGUGUAUUGUGCUCGUCUUUUUGCAAGCAUCUCUUCAGUCCUGCUGGCCAGGAAGAUAAAUGUGUAGGCUCAUGCAGUCGAAAAAGCAGUAACAAAACUGAGGACAAAUCGGUUUAAGAAGCAAUAAAAAAAUUGUAAACUAAAAA